AUGGAGUGGAGGGGCAAGGAGGAGGAUGCCGGGGGCCGCGCCUGGUCGCCUCUGCGCGGUCCCCGCGGACACUUUCAGACUCAGGUACCAGGUGCCGAGGGGCUUGCCUCAGGAUCUUGGAAGGAGGGUCGCUGCUCCCCAGGACUGGCAUCUUCGCUCCUCCGGGGCCUAGUGACCGUUCCACCCGGUGCCAGGGCGCCGAGUGGCACCGAGAAGCAGCAGCCGAGGUCAGAGAGGGCCCUAAGUGGGCCCUUGGGGCCAGAGAUCCUUCAGGAUAACUUCCCAGUUAGCCCAGCAGAGGUGUUUCAGACCAGUCUGCCUGAGCCCCUAAGGAUCAAAUUGGAGCUGGAUGGUGAGAGUCAUGUCCUGGAGCUGCUGCAGAACAGGGUGUUGGUCCCAGGCCGCCCAACCCUGGUGUGGUACCAGCCCGAUGGCACCCGGGUGAUCAGUGAGGGGCACACUCUGGAGGAUUGCUGCUACCAAGGAAGAGUGCAGGGACACCUGGACUCCUGGGUGUCUGUGUGCACCUGCUCUGGACUCAGGGGCCUGGUGGUCCUGUCCCCAGAGAGAAGCUACACCCUGGAGCAGGAGCCUGGGGACCUUCAGGGUCCUCCCAUUGUCUCCCGCAUCCAAGACCUGCUCCUGCCAGGGCACACCUGUGCCACGAGUUGGCAUGCAUCUGUGCCCACUCAGACUCCACCAGAGCUCCCCCUGGGACAGCAUCGCAUUCGCCGCCGGCGGAGGCGGGAUGUGGUGACAGAGACCAAAACUGUUGAGCUGGUGAUUGUGGCCGAUCAUUCCGAGGUCCAGAGAUACCCCGACUUCCAAUACCUGCUGAACCGAACCCUGGAAGUGGCCCUCCUGCUGGACACGCUCUUCCGGCCCCUGAAUGUCCGUGUGGCACUGGUGGGCCUGGAGGCCUGGACCCAGCACGACCUGGUGGAGAUCAGCCCAAACCCAGCUGUCACGCUAGACAACUUCCUCCACUGGCGCCGGGUAGACCUGCUGCCUCGGUUGCCCCAUGACAGUGCCCAGCUGGUGAUUGGAACUUCAUUCUCUGGGCCUACGGUGGGCAUGGCCAUUCAGAACUCCAUCUGUUCCCCUGACUUCUCAGGAGGUGUGAACAUGGACCACUCCACGAGCAUCCUGGGAGUUGCAUCCUCCAUAGCCCACGAAUUGGGCCACAGCCUGGGUCUGGACCACGACUCACCUGGGAACAGCUGCCCCUGUCCAGGCCCAGCCCCAGCCAAAGGCUGCAUCAUGGCGGCCUCCACAGACUUCCUGCCAGGCCUGAACUUCAGCAACUGCAGCCGCCAGGCCCUGGAGAAAGCCCUCCUGGAUGGGAUGGGCAGCUGCCUCUUUGAACGGCUGCCCAGCCUGCCCCCUACGGCCACUUUCUGUGGAAAUAUGUUUGUGGAGCCGGGCGAGCAGUGUGAUUGUGGCUUCCCAGAUGACUGCAUUGAUCCCUGCUGUAAUUCUUCUACCUGCCAGCUGAGGCCAGGGGCACAGUGUGCAUCUGAUGGACCCUGUUGUCACAGUUGCCAGCUGCGCCCGGCCAGCUGGCAGUGCCGCCCUACCAGAGGCAACUGUGACUUGCCCGAGUUCUGCCCGGGAGACAGCUCUCAGUGCCCACCUGAUAUCAGCCUGGGGGACGGCGAGCCCUGUGCUGACGGACAGGCUGUGUGCAUGCAUGGGCGUUGUGCCUCCUAUACCCAGCAGUGCCAGUCACUCUGGGGACCCGAGGCCCAGCCUGCUGCACCCCUCUGCCUCCAUACUGCCAACACUCGAGGGGAUGCCUUUGGGAGCUGUGGGCGCAGCCACAAAGGCAGCUACGUGCCCUGUCCCCCUCGAGAUGCCAUUUGUGGGCAGCUCCAGUGCCAAGGCGGUGGGGCUCAGCCCCUGCUGGGCUCAGCUCGAGAUCUGCUCUGGGAGACACUGGAAGUGAACAAGACCCAGCUGAAUUGCAGCUGGGUACACCUGGACCUGGGCAGCGAUGUGGCCCAGCCCCUCCUGGCUCUGCCUGGCACAGCCUGUGGCCCUAGCCUGGUGUGCAUAGAUCGUCGAUGCCAGCCCGUGAAUCUCCUGGGAGCACAGGAAUGUCGAAACAAAUGCCACGGACAUGGGGUCUGUGACAGCACUAGGCACUGCCACUGUGAGGAGGGAUGGGCACCCCCUGACUGCGCCACCCAGCUCAGAGCAGCCAGCUCCCUGACUACAGGGUUGCUCCUCAGCCUCCUGCUGCUCCUGGUUCUGGCGCUGCUUGGUGCCAGCUACUGGUACCGGGCCCGCCUACGCCAGCGACUCUGCCAGCUCAAGGGACCCAGCUGCCAAUACAGGGCAGCCCAGUCUGGUCCCCCUGAACGGCCAGGACCUCCACAGAGGGCCCCACUGGUGCAGGGCACUAAGCAGGCUAGUGCUCUCGGCUUCCCGGCCCCCCCCUCCAGACCGCUGCCACCUGACCCUGUGCCCAAGAGACUCCAGGCUGAGCUGGCUGACCGACCCAAUCCCCCCACCCGCCCUCUGCCCGCUGACCCGGUGGUGAGAAGCCCGAAGUCUCUGGGGCCUGCCAAGCCCCCACCCCCGAGGAAGCCACUGCCUGCUGAUCCCCAGGGCUGGCACCCAUCAGGUGACCUGCCUGGCCCAGGAGCUGGAAUCCCGCCCCAAGUGGUACCCUCCAGGCCAGCGCCACCACCCCCGGCAGUGCCUUCGCUCUACCUCUGACCUCUCCUGAGGUUCUGUUGCCUCCAAACCGGACUUAGGACUUAAAGGGGCCGGCCAGCUCCCUGGAGUCCCCUACCAUGACUGAAGGAGCCGGAGCCUGGACGCGGAGGAACAGGCGUCUUAAAGCACCAGACGGCGCCGCGCGUUGUCAAGCAGCACUUUGGGGACCUGCCUAGUAGUUGCAGCCCUGGGUUGGGGAGGGGUUGGGGACUGGACGGGGCCGAGAGAGGUGCGCACAGCCUGUCUCUGCUCUGCUGCAAUAAACGUGACAUCUUGGGAA